UUGACUGAAGAGCUAGAAGAUACAAGCUGUGAUAAAAUUGCCGACAAAAUUUCCAGUAAAGACAAUACGGAGAACAUCUCCUGUGAUCAGCAUCAAAUUAAGUACUCUCCUUCUGAUUUGGCGUUUACUCAGAUUAACAAAGAUUACGUGAAACGUAAAUUAUUAUCUGAACAUAAUACUGAUUUGUAUUCUACACAAGUUAUUUCUGAAUCAACUUCAGUCGUCAGUGCAGCUACUACUAUUAGUACUGCUACAUCUGAUAUUGGUACGGAUACUAGUAAUAGUAUUACUAAUCGAUCAGUUGCCUCGUUCUUAUCCGUACCUCAUCCGUCUUUGAAAGAAUCAUUUACCGUAUCUACUACAUCAGUGGACGCAAGUCUGGAACCGAACUUUUCGCGAUCGGGAAUGUCAUUCCCUCCAUCUCUGAUACCUGCCGUAUCAUUUCCCUCAAGGCUACCGAAUCGUAACGAAUCGGGAAAACUGUCCUGCCCAACGCCAGGUUGCGACGGCUCAGGUCACCAGACAGGCUUGUACUCGCAUCAUCGAAGUCUUUCCGGUUGCCCUCGACGUCCCGAUAAGUCAACAAUUCAACUAUUGUCUCUGCAACAUGAUUCUAUGGUGCGUUGUACGACACCUGGUUGCACUGGUAAAGGUCAUGUCAACAGCAACCGAACAUCACAUCGAAGUGUUUCAGGCUGCCCCAUCGCAUACCAGCAAAAAAUGGCUCGUAAAGUGGAAUGUGUAAAUGACACACCACUUGAUUUAACGUUACGGAAGUGUAAUCAAAAUUUGGGCGAAAAAAGGUUGCCUUUGAAGAAAUUUAAAAAAUUUCUAUGUGUGUGA